AUGAAGCUAUUUUUUCUAUUAAACUUCCAUGAAAAGGUCAAAAUCGAUCGAUUUCUCUCAGCGAACUCGUGAGGGUCAGAUUGCAGUGUUUUUCGUGUUUUCUGCCCCCCCAACUUUACGCUUUUCUCUUGUUUCUCGAACAAAAAAAUGAACUUAUUUCAUUUUUUUCAAUGAUAGAACAUGGAAAAAAACUUCCUCAUUAAAAGAAAAAUUUCAAUUAUUAUUAUGCAUGUUAUUUUUUUAUCAGAGUAAAAAAACUAAAAUACCCCGGUUCUUAUUUUUUUCCAAAUACUGGGAAAAUGCUUAGUGGCCACUAUAGGGUUUUGACGUUUUAGUGGCCACUAUAGCAGUCAAACUAAUGGCCACUUAAGGGGUUAAAAAUUAGUGACCACUUUAGAGGUCUAAGUGCUACCACUAGACCAUUUUCCCAGUAUAUUAAAAAAAUAAAUAUCAACGAAAAAUAGAUAAAAUUACCCUUGUGUUCUUUAUAAACUUCCAAAAUAUUGAUUUUCUCUCCAAAAUGUUUGAUUUUUCACACAAAAAAUACGAUUCUUUUCAAAUUUUGAGCUUUUUUCUUGUUUUUCUGCAAGUUUUCUUAAUUAAAUCACUCCAAUUUCUUCCCAAAACAUGAUGAAUUUCUCAAAAAGCAUAGAUUUCUCCAAAAAAUUGUCAUUUUCAGCUCGCGAUUCACACAAAAUGUUCAACAACCUAUUAAACUCGGGUAAGAUUUCCUUCGUUUCGGCUUUUUUUUUUAGUUCUUUGAGCUCGUACUUUCUUUGCGUAACCAAAACAACAGUCGUGGGGAUCUCAUGUGAUGAAAGUGAUGGAUUUCUUGUGUUUCUUUGGAUUUUCGGGACAACUGAGCACUUUUUUGUUUCGAAAUGAUGGCUGAUUUUGAGAGGAAAAAAAGUUAGAGUUCAUCCAUCAUUCACCUAUUCAAUCCUGCCUUCCUUACUGACUGUUAAAAAAAUAAAUGAAUAAAUAGUUGCAGCAAAAAAAUGGAGGAAAAAGAUUACAGAAUGAUUGAAAAAAACUACUGCACAAAAAAACAGGAAAAAAAUUGGUUUUUAAAAAAUUUUUCAAACUUCAUAUUUGAAUUUUAUUUAUUUGAAUUACUUCAACUAUUUGAAUAAAUUAAAAAGAUAUUGCUCAGAUUCAAUGGAAAAAAAUUUGAAAUUUUUUUGAAAAAUUCCGAAAAAUAAGUUUUUUUAGACUACGAAGUCCUUAACACGAUUUUCAAUCUUUCUGAAAAAUUUGAUUAAUAAAAUUAUCAAUGAAAUAAGGCUUCGUCAUGCUUUUUUUCAAAAGGAAACGUUUAGUUAGUGAAUAAACUUUAAUUAUAUUUUUUUAGACUUGAAAAAAAUAAUAAAUUUAAGCCAAAGAAGCCGUCAACUCGGUGGCAAAGACACUAGAAGAACAGACGCAUCAAAAAAUCAGAACCAAGGCCAAACUACGACCGUUUCUGCUAGUGAAGAAGUCGGUAAGAAUUCGAAAAAGCUCUAUGAGACUUCUUGGUCGCAUUUGGAAUGGCUCAGUGCUGACAGCAGCUCUUUAAAAUGAUACUCCAAAGCGCAAACAGUUUCGGGUCGGGCUCAAAAAAAAUAGAAAUUCAAAUGCGAUCAUGGUCUUCUUGGAACUAAUCUAGUGAAUUAUAAAUUUUGAAGUCGGCAAAAUCGACUCCCAAGGAGGCAAAGUUCAAGUCACUACAGUAACCGACGACGGCGACAAGGCUACCACGACUAAAACUACUGUGGAGAAAGGUUUGAAUUAUUGAAAAAAUAAAUUAUCCACAAAUUCCUUUUUGAACCUAAGCCGUGAACUUUGAAGACUCGAAAAAUUUGUGAAUUUUGAAAAUUUUCCCAAUCCUUCCUUAGGAACGCCAGAGUGGUCCCUGUAGGAGAGCAUGCUAGUGUUCUUAGAAACUCCAGAGCAGCCCUUCUAGGGGCGACCUUAAGGGCUCUUGAAGGCUUCUCUCUAGGGGCCAUCUUAAAAACCCCUAUAAGAGCCACUAGAGCUUGCAAAAGUGCGCCCCAUAGGGAAUCAUGCUAGUGGUCCCUGUAGGGGAGCAUGAAAGUCGUUUAUUGUUUAAAAUGCUAUGAGAAGAAGCAUUUAUAUGCGAAAAACUGGAAAAAUUAGCGUUUUCGAAUGAAAAAUAUCAACAGAAAUUUUUUUUUUCAAACCUAAAAAAAAAAAUUAAAAAACCCCUAUAGAGACCACUUGGGCUUGAGGGGCUUGGGGCAGUGUUUUAAAAUGAAAAUAUCAACAGGAAUUUUUUUUUCGAACCUAAAAAAAUUUUAAAAAAACCCCCCUAUAGAGACCACUUGGGCUUGAGGGGCUCCCUGAAGGGACCACCAAAAUUUUAACCCCUCUAGGGAGCACUUUUUCGCUCCCUACGGCGGCUUUUUUGUCCUUACCCCUAUAGAGACCACUCAAGUGAUUCUAAGUGUCACAAUUUAUACAUUGAUUAUUAGUUUCUCUCAAACCUAAUGAAAUAAAACAAAUUUUCACCAUUUCCAGAAGGAGGCAACGAUUUCCUCUCUGGAUUGAUGCACGUGGCCCAGGACAUCGGAAAAUAUGUCGGGGAUAAAUCGAACCAAUCCGUGACGCCGGCUGGUGAUGUCGAGGAAGCGGGUCGGUUUUUCUAUAAUUUUCAGAGUUUUGAAAGGUCGUGGGAUGUGUAUGAAACAUAUCUCGCAGUUUUUCUCAAAAAAUCUUGGAAGUUAAACCUAACGCAUCUUUAACUUUAACGGCAAAUAACUAUUGUGAGUUCAUUUGACCAAGGAACCAAAACCGCGAACACAAAAAGUACCGUAUCUCAAAAAUUUCUACAGUAACCCAAGAUGGUAUGUACUGGAAAAGUUCCAAAAAUUGCAUUACCUAUCGAUUGUUGUACAACUUGUCUAGAGAAAACUCGUCAAUUCUUAGAUACGCAGGCCUACCGUAACCCGGUUACGGUUGGAGGAAAUGGCUCAAAAAAUCGUGACUGUUUUUGAGAAAAUUUUGAGAAUUACAGAGGCAGCGUGUUAACUCGCUUUAUAAUGAUCAUUUUUGAUGCCUUUGAAAAAAAAAAUUAUCCUCAUUGCUCUGAAAAUAUUCAAAAAAGUUCCUAACUCGGUUUUUUUCACCAUAGAAGCGACUAUUGAAAAGCAUGUUUCUUGUAAAAAAUUUUGAAAGAUCACUAGGAAUCUCUUAAUCAGAAGAACCGGUUCUUUUUGAAUACGAAAUUGAUUUUCAAAGUCCGAACGACCUUAAAAGGCCUCGAAAAGAAUAGCCUGAAGCUCCUUUUUGAGUUCCUAGAGAAGUGUCAAAAGCUCCUCUGUAUCUUCUUUUUCCGCCUUUUUUUUAACCCUCUUUGAAAAGUCUAGAAAAAAGAGGCCUUUUUUUCCAAAACUCCUUAUUGAGACCUUCGGACUAUACGUUUCAAGCAGAUUUUUUCAGACAAAAAUAUCUAGAGAAGCUGUUAAAGAGCUCACCAAUACUUGUUGAUGGAAGGCUUUGAACUGCUAAAAAGGCGCUUUUUUUGCUUCAGAAAUCGAACACAGCUAGGAGUCUUUUUUCAGCCCUCUGUAGAACUUUUGAUGAAAACUUUGCUGGCGUGUACUGACGUGAAAAAUAAAAAAGUUCUUGUAGAAAAUCUGGUUUUCUGGUUAAGAAGCUUAAAAACCUUGUAAAACCGUCCAUACAUCGGCUCAAUCCCACCCCAGCCAAAAAAAUUUUGAAAAUUUACUGAAAAAGGCCGCACUUUUUUAGGAAGUAGGCCGGAGUUUGAGGGGAGUAGGUCGCACCACGGGGUGGGAUCCAGCCGGCGUAUGAAACUUCCAAAGUCGGAAGUGCAGAAAAUGGGUGAAAAAAGGGAGUGAUAGCAAAAUGGCCGCUAAAAGGGUUCCGUUUUGCGGCCUUUAUUGAGCCUUUUUUUCUUGGUGAGCUAAAAAGCCUCAAAAAAGGUGAAAAUAGGGAGAGGCUGCAAAAUGGCCGCUAAAAGGGUUCCGUUUUGCGGCCUUUAGUGAGCCUUUCUUUCUUGGUGGGCUAAAAAGCCUUAAGAGGGAGCUAAAAGUCUCGGCCAUCGAUUUUUCCGAUUUUUUUUUACUGUAAUACAUUUUGGUUCAUACAUUGGUAAAGAUUAUUCUCAAUUAAAAAAAAUUUGUGAUUCUCAAAAGGGUCCAAAAAGGGUGAAGAAAGGCCGAUGAAAGGCCGAUGAAAGGCAGUAAAAAGGGAACCGUUUAGGAACAAUUAAUGGAAAGCUUUUUGCACCCCCAACGGACCCUCAUAGAGCGCUUAAAGGGUCCUUCCGACUUUGCCUAUUUAUAGCUUUUUUUGGGGGUUAAAAUGUUCCCUAUUAAGCUAUGAAAGUUUAUGCUCCUCUUUUUCCAGUUGGCGUUAUCGAUUCCAAAGACGGUAAGGUCCAAGUUACAACAAUCGCCGACGACGGAAAUAAAGUCACGGCUACUGUUGAGAAAGGUAUAAUUCUCGAAAUAAAAACCGUGAGUUUUUCAAUUCAGACACCAAGCAAGGAGGCGAUUUUCUCAGUGGACUACUCAGCGCGGCUAAAGAAGUCGGCAAGUUCGUUGGUGACAAGGCUCAGGAAGGCGCCCAAGCGGCCAAAUCUGGAGCCCAAGCUGCAGGUUGGGUCUUUGAAGGGGGUAGUAAAAAAUAGUUGGGAAAAAAGUUCAAAGUCGGAGAGAGAGAGAAGUUUGAGAUCCUACGAAAAUUUUUAGUGUCCACUAUAGAGGCUCGCCACUACUUGGAUAGGACACUGAAGUGGCCACUUAACCCACCUCUAUAGUGGACACUAUUUUCCGUUUUAGUGGCCACUUCAGUAGUUUUUCAUCCAGUAUUCCUUCCAGUAACUCUGAUAGUUUCAAAACAAACAGAUUGGACCAGUUAUGUUGAUCCAUUGACCUCUGAAGUGGCCACUAAAAUUUUUAGUGGUCCAGUAGUAGCACUUAGACCUCUAAAGUGGCCACUAAUUUUAACCCCUUAUGUAGCCUUUAAUUUGACUACUAUAAUGACCACUGAAACGUCAAAACCCUAUAGUGGCUACUAAAAUUUUCCCAGUCGCGCCAAAAGGGCGCUUUGCAGUAAAGUUGCUCUAUGGACAACAUUUUUCGAAUUUCUCGGGUGGGAAAAAAAAACUGUUUGAAGUAAUUUUGAUAACUAAAACUUAUGUUAUGCCGAUUGGGAAAAAAAUUGUUCUUUUCAACAAAAAGUUACAAAAUUUAUAACCAAUGGGAUGAGUAUGAGAGAUUUUUUUACGGUUUUUUUGCAAAGUUCUCCCCCCUAAUGCCAAGAAAUCGCUCCUGCCAAUCAAUUGAAACUUGAAAAAAAUGAAUUUUUCGUUUUUUUAUUCGGUCUAGCGCCGUCCAGCGCGCACCCUGAAAAUUUUUUUCGAUUUUUUUGCGAAACCCCCCCUUUUUUUUCCGUUUCAAGUCCACCCCCUCCCCCAUUUUUUUCGUUUCAAGUCCAUCCCCCCCAUUUUUUUCGUUUCAAGUCCAUCCCCCUUUUUUUCGUUUCAAGUCCAGCCCCCAUUUUUUUCGUUUUAAGUCCAGCCCCCCUCCCCCAUAACGUUCUUUAUCUCAACUAAAAAUUCCAGGUACCGAAACGAAAAACACGGUGGAAGGCGGCGGAAAGAUCCUCGAAGAAGAUCUGACCAAAUUGGGUCAAAAUUUGGGAAAUUUCGGUUGGUUUGAAGUUUUUUCAGUGAAAAAUUUGUUUUCAGUCGGCGGACUAUUCAAAAAAGGCGAGCAACCAGCAGCUCAGCCAGAAAACUUCAAGCCAGAAGCCGUCAUUGACGACGUCGAGGGCGAAAGUUGGUUUUUUUUUUUCACUUUUAAAAAGGAAAAUUUCAGUUCAAAAAGUCAACACCUCCGGCUACACGGUCGCCAAAGACGCUGGUGGGAACCGUUGAGAAUAACCUCGAAUUAAUGACGUCAUAAUGAAUAAAAAUGAUGUCAUUAUCUGAAUUUUUCUAAUCGCAUGCCAUUUUUUUUUUGUUGUAUAUUUUCACUGACUUCCAUUCCAUAUUUCUCAUGUACAAAGUAUCAUGACGUCAUUUUCGUCCGUCCAUUGUCUUUUUUUCUCUGCCACUCUUCAUCUCAGUUUGUGUUUCGUCUAACAUUUGGAUUUUUGAAUGAGAUAAAUAAUACAGUUGCGUUUGGCAUGUACCUAACUGAUUAUUGGAUCAUAAGCAGGCUCAAUUUCAGUGCCUGAAGAGUCGAAAUCGCUUCUAUCUACGAUCGGAGAAAAGUUGCAAAGCGUUGGUGAAGCCGUGGUGGAUCUCGGCGGUGCGGCUGUUGAGAAGACUAAAGAGGGAGCAGGAGCAGUUUAUGAAGGAGUUGCUGGAGCUGGAGCAACUGUAGUCGAUAAGACUAAAGAAGGAGCUGGAGCAGUUUACCAAGGUGCUACCGAUCUUGGAAGUUCGGCUGUCGAGAAGACUAAAGAAGGAGCUGGAGCUGUCUAUGACGGAGCUUCAGAUGUUGGAUCCGCUGUUCUCGACAAGACCAAGCAGGGAGCGACGACGGUGGCUGGUGCUGGUCUCACAGCCGUUGGAACUGGAGCUGGACUAGCUCAGGCGGGCUUUGAGAAGACCAAGGAAGGAGCUGGAGCAGUUUACGAAGGAGCUGCUGAUCUUGGAAGUGCCGCUGUUGAUAAAACCAAAGAAGGAGCGACGGCCGUGGCAGAUGCUGGUCUUUCUGCAAUCGGAACUGGAGCUGGACUAGCUCAGGCGGGCUUCGAGAAGACUAAAGAGGGAGCUGGAGCAAUUUACCAAGGAGUUGCUGGAGCUGGAGCAACUUUAGUCGAUAAGACUAGAGAAGGAGCUGGAGCUGUCUAUGACGGAGCUUCAGACGUUGGAUCCGUUGUUCUCGACAAGACCAAGCAGGGAGCGACGACGGUGGCUGAUGCUGGUCUCACUGCCGUUGGAACUGGAGCUGGACUAGCUCAGACGGGCUACGAGAAGACUAAGGAGGGAGCUGGAGCAGCCCAUGAAGGAGUUUCGGAUGCUGGGAACAGAGCCUUCGAAACGACCAAAGACGUCGGAAACACUGUUAUUGACAAGGCCAAAGAAGGAGCUGGAACUGUCUAUCAAGGCGCUGUUGAUCUUGGAAAUUCUGCGAUCGACAGGACGAAAGAAGGAGCUGGAGCAGUUUAUGAGAGCGUUACUGAUGCUGGGAAAAAAGUCGUCGACACUACCAAAGACGUCAGCCAGACUGUUUUUGACAAGACCCAGGAAGGAGCUGGAGCAGUUUACGACGGUGCCGCAAAUCUUAGAAGUGCCGCUGUUGAGAAGACAAAAGAAAAAGCUGGAGCAGCCUAUCAAGGAGCUUCAGAUUUCGGAGCAACUGUAGUCGACAAGACCAAGCAGGGAGCUACGACGGUGGCUGAUGCAGGCUUGACUGCCAUCGGAACUGGAGCUGGACUAGCCGAGGCAGCUUUUGAAAAGACUAAGGAAGGAGCUGGAGCAGUUUACGACGGUGCUGCCAAUCUUGGAAGUGCGGCUGUGGACAAGACUAAGGAAGGUGCCAAUACCGUUUAUGAAGGAGUAACUGACGCUGGAUCGGCUAUCGUUGAAAAGACUAAAGAAGGAGCUGGAGCAGCUUAUGAAGGAAUUACUGACGCUGGAAAUAGAGCCGUAGAUACGACCAAAGACAUCGGAAACACGGCCGUAGAGAAGACGAAAGAAGGAGCUCAUACCAUCUACGAAGGUGCAGCAGAUGUCGGUUCCACCGUAGUCGACAAGACCAAGCAGGGAGCCACGGCAGUGACGGAUGCUGGUCUUACUGUCGUCGGAACUGGAGCUGGACUAGCUCAGGCGGGAUUCGAGAAAACCAUAGAAGGAGCUGGAGCAGUUUAUCAAGGUGCUACCGAUCUUGGAAGUUCGGCUGUCGAAAAGACUAAGGAUGGAGCUGGAGCUGUCUAUGACGGAGCUUCAGACGCUGGGUCCGCCGUUGUCGAGAAGACCAAAGAAGGCGCGUCGGCUGUCGCUGAUGCAGGAGCGGCUGUUGUUGGAACUGGAGCUGGACUAGCUCAGGCGGGUUUCGAGAGGACCAAGGAAGGAGCUGGAGCAGCCUAUGAAGGACUCACUGACGCUGGAAAUAAAGCCUUUGAAACGACCAAAGACUUCGGAAACACUGUUAUUUACAAGACCAAAGAAGGAGCUGGAGCAGUUUACGAAGGAGCUGCAGACCUUGGAAGUGCCGCUGUUGAUAAAACCAAAGAAGGAGCAACAGCAGUGGCAGAUGCUGGUCUCACUGUCGUCGGAACUGGAGCUGGACUAGCUGAGGCAGCCUUCGACAAGACUAAAGAAGGAGCUGGAGCAGUUUAUCAAGGUGCUACCGAUCUUGGAAGCGCUGCUUUGGACAAAACUAAGCAAGGAGCUGAUACCUUAACUGAAGCUGGCGCUAAUGUCAUUGACAAGACCAAAGAAAAAGCUGGAGAAACAUACGAUUUCGUCAAAGAGCUCGGUAACCUCGUGGUCGGCGAGCUGACAUCCCUGGGAAGCAAGCCGAAAGAAGCCGCGUGGUCCGGACAAACCCCAGAAGCCGUUGACUUGACUCUUACCGGAGAUGCUGAAGAAGGUCCUGCCAAAGGUGAUGGUUAGUUAAAUUUCAUUUUUCGAAAAAAAAACCUCUAGAUAUCUCAGAAGAUCCGUCAUGGCCAGAACAUUGCAAAACUCUCGGUUCGGUGUUGUUUUUCUAGUAUUAGAAUCAUACUUCUUUUGCCAUAGCUUGAGACCCUCUGAUCUGUCUGUGCUCUCUUUUCUCUCUUACAUGGGAAGUGCAAAAGGUCAAGGUAUUGGAAUUCAAUGAGACUUGGUUUAUAGGUCUGUAAAAUUUCAUCAUUUUUUCCAAGAAAAAAAAAAUGGCAAAAAUAAAUUGCACCAGGAAGGAUUCGAACCUUCAUCAAAGGUUGCACAGCGCAAGGCCGCUAGCCACUAGACCAUGCCGCCUGCUGGCAGUUAGAGUUAGCCGCCGCAACACAUUCCCUCCUUCCAUCCAAUGCGUUUUUUGCGUGCAAACUUUGAGGCGCCAUAACCCGACUAGAACCAAAAAGCCGCACUUUUUUCAACUUCAUUGGAUUCAGGGUGUUCGGAAGUACCUAUAUACCAAGUUUCAUCAAAUUCCAAUACCUCGACCUUUCGCACUCUCCGUUAAAAAUGAGAUAAGGCACAGAUUCUCCGUAGUGAAAUAGAGUUUGGAGCACAUUUAGUACAGUACUGCACUGCACUCUUCAAAAUAAACUUUAAAAAGCCUACAGUACCUUUUUCAGUGAUGGAUCUUACGGUAACUCGUCCAGAAGUACAUGGAAAGGCUACCGCCAACUACACACCGGAGAUUUGA